GGACAGCGCGCUCCAGUCUUAUCGGGAGCAUAUACUCUUCAACUUCGAGUUCAAAAUAUCUGACUUAUCUUGUGAUCAUUUUCUUCAUCCUCGAUCUCUCCCAAAAACACAAGCAGAUUGCGAGAUGGAGAACACUCACUCGAGGCCUCAUGCUGUUAUAUUUCCCUACCCUCUCCAAGGCCAUGUAAUCCCAGCAGUCCAUCUCGCAAUCAAGCUCGCAUCAAACGGUUUCACAGUCACCUUUGUCAACACUCAGGCAGUCCACCACCAAAUAAUCAAGUCCCAAAGUCUCGAUACUGCCAUGGAAGACAAUCAAGACAUUAACAUCUUCGGUGGGGUGUGUAAAUCGAGCCUUGACAUACGUUAUGUGACGAUCAGCGAUGGUUUUCCUAUCGGAUUCAAUCGCUCCCUCAACCACGAUCAGUUUUGGGAAGGUGUUCUGCAUGUUUUCCCAGCUCAUGUGGAUGAACUAGUAGCAAAACUAGUCCGAUCCGACCCCCCGGUCACUUGCUUGAUAGCAGACACUUUCUUUGUGUGGCCAACAAUGAUAGCAGCAAAGUAUAACCUUGUGAAUGUGUCAUUUUGGACAGAACCAAUUCUGGUCUUAACCCUCUACUACCAUAUAUACCUCCUCAGAGAAAAUGGUCACUUUGCUUCUCAUGAUAAUCAUCGCCAAGAUACAAUCGACUACAUUCCGGGAGUGAAAGCAAUUGAACCAAAAGACUUGAUGUCAUAUCUUCAAGCUGCUGAGAUCACAUCCGUAGUCCACAGGAUCAUCUACAAGGCAUUUGAGGAAGUUAAACGAGCAGAUUUCAUUCUUUGUAACACGAUUCAAGAGCUUGAAUCAGAUACCAUAUCUGCCUUGCAAGAAAAGCAACCUACAUAUGCAAUUGGCCCUAUUUUCCCCAAUAGGUUCACAAAGAGCACCGUGGCCACAAGCCUCUGGUCCGAAUUUGACUGUAUGAGUUGGCUCAACACUAAACCGAAUGGUUCAAUUCUCUACGUCUCAUUUGGUAGCUAUGCACAUGCUAGCAAAAGAGACAUAGAGGAAAUAGCCAACGGGCUUUCGCUAAGCAAAGUCGGCUUUAUUUGGGUUCUUCGGCCUGAUAUUGUUAGCUCCGAUGAGACCCAAAUCCUGCCUGCCGGAUUCGAAGAUGAGAUCAAGAAUCGAGGGUUGAUCGUGCCAUGGUGUAGUCAAAUUGAAGUCAUCUCACACCCUGCAAUUGGUGGGUUCUUCACACAUUGUGGAUGGAAUUCCAUAUUGGAAAGUAUGUGGUGCGGUCUCCCAUUGUUGUGCUAUCCAUUGUUGACUGACCAAUUUACUAAUCGGAAGCUAGUGGUCGACGAUUGGAAGGUUGGGCUUAACCUCUGUGAUCGGUUUCCGAUCACAAAGGAGGAGGUGGGAGAGAAGGUGAACUGUUUGAUGAGUGGAAAGUCAAGUGAGGAGUUGAGGAGGAAUGCCAAGAAGGUCAAGAACACAUUGGAGAGUGCACUGGAUAGAGAGGGUUCAUCAAGUAGAAACUAUGAUCGAUUCAUAGAGAAUGUGAGGGCUACAAUCCAAGAGAAACAUGGCCUUUGCUUCAAAGACUCCAAUGCCAAUCUCUAGGAUUCUUAAAAAUGUUGCAAAUUCCAAUAAGCCAAUGUUGUCGGUUUCGUUUGUAUUUUUCUAUCAAGAUACAAUGUGGGCUGGUGCGACGCUAACGUUCAUGUGUGUCCAUUUUCUUGAAAUGAAGAAACUAAUUGCAAAUCUGUGUCA